AGACCGUGUCACGCCGUCCCCCACCUCUCACCCACCCCGCACCAAAACCCCCAAACCAGCUCUAUUUCCACCCCGGCGAGGACGAAGAAAGCAAGAAAGAAAAAGAAAAAAGCAAAAAGAAAACAAUAAGGCGAAGAAGAAGAAAUCAAAAUUCCAGGUCCUCUCCAGUGGGCGGUGGCGUUCCGGCUAGGGUUCCGCCGCCUCCCGAUCCCCCCCACCGGCGAGCCGAGGAGCCUCGGCCUCCGCGGCUCGCCCACCACCAUGCCCGCCACCACCCUCUUCCCCUUCCUCUUCCUCACCCUCCUCCUCCUCGUCCUCGUGAACACCGCCCGCCCUGAGGAUCUCGGAGGCGCCGAAGACGACGCCUGCCCCACUGUCCUGCUAUCCGACGGCAACUCGUCCACCUCCGCCUUCUCCUCCUCCUGCCCCAUCAACUGCUUCCGGGCCGACCCCGUCUGCGGCGUUGACGGCGUCACCUAUUGGUGCGGCUGCCCGGAGGCCGCCUGCGCCGGCGUCCGAGUGGCCAAGAGGGCGCCCUGCCAGGUCGGUAACGGCGGCAGCGGCCUCGUCUCCGGCCAGGCCCUCCUCCUCGUCCACAUCGUCUGGCUCAUCGUCCUCGGCUUCGCCGUCCUGUUCGGCUUUCUAUGAAUCAAUCAAUCAAGUCGCCUUUGUACCGAUGGCCGCCAUCGCCCUCCCCACCCGUGCAGCCCCAACUAGAUUCCGAUGCCUCGAGGCGCCGUUGAAUUUCCUUUCACUUCUCAUCCAAUAUUUCUUUCGUUCUGUAGUCUCUUUUCUUUUUGCGCUGAGCAGACGGAGGAGGAGGAGGAGGAGGAGGAGAGCAUUUGAUCUCAUUCGUUGGGCGGCUGAACUUUGCAUCUGCUGUCUUUCUAUACUCGCAUCGAAAGAGUAUAUGAUCAUGUAUCAAAAAAAAAAAAUAUCUGGUUCUUUAGAUCAGAGUUUCUCUUUUGAUAAAUUUUCUUUUACUUUCAUUUUUUUUUUUAUUGAUUCAUAAUUUUGUUGUGGAACUAGAUCUAUUUGAUAGUUGGAUGAGAAAUAUUGCACAAAAAAUGUGGAUGUGAAAAGAAUAUGGAUGCAUUUUGAUGAAUCAAGGCAUUUUUCUUUUCCUUAAGCAUUAAGAAUUCCUGAAGGGUAAGAAAAGAGCUUGGCUUUUGUU